UUGCGAAGAUGUGAUGAGUUUGCAAGAUCGCUUUCGGCUUGUACCGCAGUAGUGUUUUUAGCACACAGUGUAGCUCCCAGUCAAGCAGCAGCGUUUGAGAAACGAAAAGUCAUGCCACGUGUUUACAUUGGACGACUGAGCUAUCAUGUUCGUGAAAAGGACAUCCAGCGAUUUUUUAGCGGAUAUGGAAAACUCAUGGAAAUAGAUUUAAAAAAUGGUUAUGGAUUCGUGGAGUUCGAGGAUAAUCGGGACGCUGACGAUGCCGUGUACGAGCUGAACGGGAAGGAGCUGUGCGGGGAACGGGUGAUCGUUGAACAUGCUCGGGGGCCACGUCGAGACCGAGAUGGCUACGGUGGGGGUUACUGGGGUGGUGGGCGCAGUAGUGGUUACAGCAGCCGCAGCCGUGCUGGCAGGGAUAAAUAUGGACCUCCAGUCCGUACUGAGUACCGUCUCAUCGUGGAGAACUUGUCCAGUCGCUGUAGCUGGCAGGACCUGAAGGACUUCAUGCGCCAGGCUGGAGAGGUGACGUACGCAGAUGCCCAUAAGGAACGUACAAAUGAAGGGGUGAUUGAGUUUCGUUCCUAUUCGGACAUGAAGAGGGCUUUGGAUAAGCUGGAUGGUACAGACAUUAAUGGGCGAAAAAUUCGUCUAGUGGAGGACCGACCUCGCAGGCGGAGGUCUUAUUCUGGCAGCCGCUCAAGAUCACGUAGUCGUCGCCGUUCUCGCAGCAGGAGCCACAGGAGCUCCAGGAGUCGUUCCAGAUCCAACUCCAGAUCUCGUUCCCGUAGCAACAAGAGACGCCAUCAUUCACGCUCCAGAUCAGGAAGGAAGUCUCGAUCCAAGUCAGGAGAAAGCAAAUCACGUUCUCGUAACCGUAGAUCCGGCUCUCGCUCUCGCAAAUCUAAGUCACUGUCUCGAUCCCACAAAUCACACUCUCAUUCAGUUGAGCGAAAGUCAAAGUCCCGUUCAAAGAGUCGCUCAAAGGUAAAGUCUGAGCGGGAUUCUCGUAGUCGAUCAAAGGAGGUGUCUGGUGACAAGAAGUCCCGCAGCCGUUCAUCUUCUCCCCUGGAGAAUGGGAAAGAGGCACGUACAACCAAAUCUGCCUCCCGCUCGCCAUCCCCACAGGAAGAUGAGCAUCAAUCAAAAUCAAGAGAGAAGAGGUCAGCAACUGGCUCAAGAUCUUGCUCGCGAUCUAGGUCACCUUCUCAGGAUUAGUGGAAAAAGAGCAAAAUUUUCAUUCAUUGUAAGCUUUAUCAUUUUGCUGUAAUUUUUGAGCAAUGUCAUUGUACUGGCCUAUCCUUCUUGUCUACUUUUCUCCUUUAACUAUGUGCUCCUAUUUAACAUGGUGGAAGAUGAAGUUUAGGAUGUCCCACAGUGAUUGAGGUCCUCCAAAACUGAUAUACACACAGUUUGCGGCAAUGUUUUCACGUAAUAAAUACUCUUACCAUAAUAGUCAACUGAUAAAGCUCUGAAGGAAUCAAAAUAACUGCAACCUAUGGUAAUGUAAUAAAACUUAAGUAUUAUCAAAACUUGUUUGAGCAAAAAUAAACGUGAGGUAAAAUAAUUAUACACUUCAGUCACUUGGCAUGACAUUUUAAAUGGAUUCUGUUGGUUCACUUAAAACUGUGAACUCCCCGUUAUGUCUGGAUUGUAAAUCGGGCAGUGUUUCAUACUCGCCUGAAGUGCGUAGUUUUCGGAGAUGAGUAGCAUUUGAUUGCAGUGUUUGAUCUUAAGUAAUAAUUUAUGCUUUCUCAACAACUUUAUUAGGAAUUUGGCUUGCAGUAAAGUAUGAUUCUCUGCUAAGAUGCAUUUACAUCAUUGUAGAUAUGCAUAUGUGCAAGAGCCGGGGGUUUUGUAUUUCAUGUCUGAACUACAUUCGUCGUAGGUAUAAUGCUGUAGUUUUUUUUCUAUGCGUUGAUCAGCAGCAAGCUUCUUUUUGUCACAGUUCUGGAUUUUGAUUUGACACGAGCUUUAAGGCCUCAUGCAGUGUCCAUUUUCCUUUGAUCUGUUUUCAGAUUUCUUUUUAUUUCUGGAUAGUGGAUUUUGUUAACCUUAACUCAUGUGAAGUAGGGAGAUAGUAGCCUACUUUGGGAAGUACUUUUUUUCUAUUUUUUUUUUUUUUUUUAAUCUUGGUGUGAUUGUUAUAAACCUCACAUUUACUGUGUGCACAUCCACUCUCCGUGUUCCGAAAUAGAUGUAUAUUUUUCUCCAUGCGAUUGAAUCUUACAUUAAUCCUCUUUUUAAAUGUAUGUAC